CCCUUCCCGCGGGUGCUGCUGGGAAUUGGAGUCCCGGGCGGACGGAGGCAGCCGGCAGCGGCGCGGCCAUGCGGAGGGUGAGCAGCAGCGUGUGCAGCGAUGAGGUGCUGCUGGAGGAGCUGGAGACCGAGGGGGAAAGGCAGCUGAAAAGCCUCCUGCAGCAGCAGCUCGACACUUCCGCCUCCAUCGAGCGGUGUAAAUCGAAGCGGAGGUGCUUUGCUCCGGCGGCGUUCUACAGACCCUUCGGUGAGGCCGCGGCCGGGGCACUGAGCUUAUCCCAGUUCCGAGAGCUGCAGGAAAGCGACAAAGAGACCGCGGCGCUGCGGGAGUUGGGGCUGUCGGAGCCCGAGAUCGCGCUAUGGAAGAACCGCGCUGCGGAGAAGCGCUCCGGGCUGGGAGCGGCCCCCGAAGCCAUGCAGGAGCGCCUCAACGCCAUCCAGGAGAAGAUGGACGAACGGCAGCGCAUCCUGGAGCUGCCCCAGAGAUUUGCUGGCAGCAAGCAGCUGAGCCGGAGGGAGAUGGAGAUCGAGAAUGCUCUCUUCCAGGGAACGGACCGGCACUCCUUCCUGCGGGCGCUGUACCACCAAGAUGACACUCAAAGGAUAACGGAUGAGAAGGACCCCAUGGUUCACCUGGAGAGCGUUUACCAAGAGGUGCUGGGCAAGCAGCCGCCUGGACAGGACCAACCAUCCACAAGUGCUGCGUGCUCGCUGCCUGCCCCCGCCCCGCAGGGCUCUGGCACUGAGGAGUCACCACCUCCUGAGCAGGAAGAGCAGCCAGGCCAGGAAGAAAGCCCCAGCCCUCCUCCAGCAAAGCCCCACCAGUCCCCUCCAGGGCCUGUGACUAUAAAGGAGCCUGUAGAGUUCAUCCCGGAGGAGGAGAUCUGCAAGAACCGGCUCUCUGAGGAAGAACUCCGCAAUAUACCUCGGUUUGCUUCCUACCAUCCUGGGGAGCCCAAUAAGGUGCUGUAUGUGAAGAACUUGGGCCCUCGUGUGACAAUGAAGGACCUGGUGUCACUGUUUGCUCGGUUCCAGCAGGAGGACAGCAGGCCCAUCCAGUUCCGCCUGCUGAGCGGCCGCAUGCGGGGUCAGGCCUUCAUCACCUUCCCCGAUAUUCAGUCGGCCCAGGAUGCGAUGCUCUUGGUGAAUGGGUACAGACUGCAGGGGAAGCCAAUGGUGAUUGAGUUUGGGAAAAGCAAGGGGCCGUCGACAGAGGCUCAGGCUGCUGCUCCCUCCUCUGCUGGAGCAGAGCCCACUGCCACGUAAGGGCUGGAGGACCUUGGGGACUUGACAGGCCCUGGGACUGCCUUACUCAGGAC